AUUGAUAGCUAAAAGGUGGCAAAAUUUGUCACCAUUUAUUUCCCAUCACAAAUUCGUGGGAAACAAAUUGCCAUUAUCUAUAUUGGGUUUUAAAAUUGUGACUAACGAAAUUCGUGGGCCAGAUUUUUGUAAUUGUGACCGGAAGAAUGGUGGCAACAUUAAAAUUUAAUCUGGGGAUUGAAUUGCCACUGUAUUAGUCACCAUAAAAUUUGAGCGGGAUUAUUUUUAUUUUUAGAGCGCCAUAUAUUAUCCACAAUUAACUCAUAUAACCAGCCUCUCCACUAAUUAGGGUUUUGAUUGAAUAUUAAAACAAGAAACAUAAUACUACGUACCCUUAUACAUCAUUCCAUCAACCUCUGAAUCGAAGAACUGGAGCUUCUGCAUAAGUUGCUGCUGCUGGAUUGAGGUUCUGUUUGUGCUUCUGUUUGACAGGGAGCAUUGAUUAGUAAUGGCGUGGUUUACCAAUCGACAAUGGAUGUAUGAAAAGACUGAUACUGACGGAUUUCUUAGUUCUGAAUAUUGUGACAAUGUGGAUUUGUUUUUGGACUUUGCAUUUUCUAAUGAUGUAGUUGUUGAUAAGAUCAAUAAGCAUGGUGAGACAAUAUUUGAGAUAAAAUGUCCUUGUUUUAAAUGCCAAAAUAUAAGUUAUAGAGAUAGAGCCACUAUUCAAAAACACUUGUAUAAGGAAGGUUUCAUGCUUCGUUAUGAAAAGUGGAGUGAACAUGGCGAAAAUUCUAUGCGUGACGUCGGACAAUCUUCUACUACAAUGGAAGUUGAUGAUAAUGAAGAUGGUUACAGACGCAUGGUGUUAGAUAACAUGGAUGCAUGUGGUUAUACUUCAAAUUCUUUGGAAGGACAUGUACCGAAUCCAGAAGCAAAAAGCUUUUAUGACAUGUUACAAGCAGCUGAUGAACCAUUAUGGGAGGGGAUGAAGGCUACAAAUUGUUCAAAGUUACAAGCUGCCACGAGUUUCUUAACAUGGAAAUCACUUUUCAACGUGUCUACCGCAGCUUACAACUAUAACAUUUCCAUGGUUAAUGCAUUACUUCCUGAAGAGAAUAAGCUCCCGAAAAACUUUUAUGAAACAAAGAAGAGUUUGGAAAAGUUAAGUCUUCCUUACGAAAGAAUUGACGUUUGCAAAAACCAUUGCAUGUUAUUCUAUAAGCAAGACAAAACAUUAACGCGAUGUAAAUAUUGUAAGGAAUCUCGUUAUAAGAGUCACAAAAAUAAGGUACCUAAUUUGGUGAUGUCGUACAUGCCAAUUGGUCCUAGACUCAAGAGGUUGUAUAUGUCUUCAAAAACAGCCAAAGAUAUGACAUGGCACCAUGAUCACAAAACAACAGAGGGUAGCAUGGCACAUCCAAGUGAUGGCAUCGCUUGGAAGCAUUUUGAUGCAGUGGAUCCUGACUUUGCAAAAGAGAUUCGAAAUGUUCGUCUUGGGUUAUGCACCGAUGGUUUCAAUCCAAAUAACUCCAACUCAAUUCCAUACUCAUUGUGGCCUGUCUUUCUUACAAUCUAUAACUUACCUCCUUGGAUGUGUAUGAAAGAUUCAUUUAUUGAAGUAUGUUUGAUUAUUCCUGGCGGGAAGAGCCCGGGUCAAAACAUCGAUGUGUUUUUAAGACCAUUAAUUGACGAGUUGAAAGAGUUGUAUAAGGAAGGCAUUGAAGUUUAUGAUGCUUAUCAUAAAGAAAAUUUUAUUAUGCGAGCUAUUCUUUUAUGGACAGUUAGUGACUUUCCUGCCUACGCAAUGUUAUCGGGUUGGAGCACUCAUGGUCGAUUAGCUUGCCCAUAUUGUAUGGGAGACACAAAAGCUUUUCGAUUAGAUGCUGGAGGCAAAGCAUGUUGGUUCGACUGUCAUCGAAGGUUUCUACCAAAGACUCAUCCUUUUCGUAAAGAUGCAAAUGGAUUUCGAAGAUCAACAAGGUCCUUAUUGGGACCUCCACCUGAGUUAACUGGUUGGGAUAUUUUUGAAGAAGUCUCUAACAUCCCAGUUGUCUAUGAAGGUGAAACGUCUAACCCAAAGCGUAGAGAUCCAGAAUUUGGCAAAACCCAUAAUUGGGUGAAGAAAAGCAUUUUUUGGGAGCUUGAAUAUUGGCCCAUGUUGUUAAUCCGACACAACCUUGAUGUGAUGCACAUUGAGAAGAAUGUUUUUGAGAAUUUAUUUCAAACGGUGAUGGAUACUUCUAAGACAAAAGAUAAUGUCAACGCAAGGAAGGAUGUAGAAAAGUAUUGCAAUCGACCAUCAUUACAUCUGUCGAGAAGAGACAAUAAUAAAUUUUCUAAACCAAAAGCAACAUACACUUUAACUAAACCGCAAGUAAAUGAAGUCUGUAAAUGGUUGAAACAAGUUAAGUUUCCUGACGGCUAUGCUUCAAAUAUUGGGGGAUGUGUGAACCUUAAGGAUAAUACCUUUUACAACUUUAAAAGCCAUGAAUGUCAUGUCUUCAUGCAACGAUUAUUUCCUAUUGUCUUACGAGGGAUGCUACCAAAGCAAAUAUGGGAAUCAAUACUAGAGCUUUGCACGUUCUUUCGUGUCAUAUGCUCAAGGGUUCUACACCUUGAAGAUUUACGAAAGUUGAAGAGUAGUAUCGUCAUAACUAUUUGCAAGUUAGAAAAAAUCUUUCCACCUGGGUUCUUUGACUCAAUGGAACACCUUGUUAUACAUUUGGCGAAUGAAGCUAUCCUCGGAGGUCCGGUGCAGUUUAGGUGGAUGUAUCCCUACGAGAGGAAAUUGGGUCGAUUAAAAAGAAUGAUUAAAAACAAAGGGAAUAUAGAAGGUUCCAUUGUUCAGUCUAAUCUUGUGGAUGAACUUUCAAACUAUUGCUCUCUGUAUCUAGAGCCGACAGUUCGUGAACCACGCAACUUUGCCCCUAACAUUCCUUGUUCUUCAAGUACCGAUCUUCGAUUAAGUAUAUUCAAACAUCCUUCUCGAAGAUUAUUUGAAAAGGGUGGACAUGACAAAAUUCUUACACAAAAAGAUAGAGACAAGGCUCAUACUUAUAUAUUACUUAAUUGUGAAGAGGUUCUCGAGUCCGUUUGGCUAUUUGAUAAUGAGUUGAGAGAUUCCUUCCCACACUUUGAUGAAGCAACCCUUGAUAAAAUGAAAGAGAAGGAAUUUGCUAAGUGGUUGCAGGAGCAUGUUAUGAAUGUUCCAAAUAAGGAACAUCUAAGAGACAUAGCCCAAGGGCCGCUUACUUAUGUAAAAUCUCACAAGGGAUAUUCUGACAUACGCUAGGAUCUCAAUCCUAUGUGACCAUGAAAAGAAAAGCGGAAAGGAAACUUGGGCGUGAAUUGACGAUUCGUGAAGCGUAUAAGCAAUCACACUGCAGGAAAGGAAGUCGACCAUUGGAUAAAGAUCUAAGUUGUAGCAACUCACUAAUUUUGGACGUUGAUUCGGAAGGGGACGCUCAAGAAGAAAAUCUUGUAUGGGUUGAUGCUAGGGCAGAGGAGACUUGGGUUAAAUAUGAAGGUUUUCUUGAGGAGAAAUAUGGGAAAGAACGUAAUAAACAUCCAAAAUUUGACAAAGACUUGUGGUCACGAGCUGAGGGCAAGCAUAAAGGAAAAGGGUACGGGUUAGGCAAUGAUAGUGACCCGUGUGUACAUCGCAGAGAAGACCCUGAGAUUGAAAAGUUGAACUUAGUUAUCAAGGAGCUCGUUAAGGAAAAAGACGAAGAAAAAGAAAGGUUCAACGGAAUUAUUGCGGGGUUGUUGGCUGACAAAGAAAAAGAUAAGGUGGAUAAAGAUGCGUUGCUUGAUAGGAUGUCACAAAUUGAAGCUAUGUUAACAGCUACGGUUCGAAAAUAGGCUAUAAAAACUUGGUUUUGAAUGUUUAGAACACUUGGUUUUGAGUAUUAGGAUAAUUUUAGUUAGUUUAUAUUUUAGUUGGUAUUUUUUAUAUGCUUUUGAAAACAAGAUGUUUUAUAUAAUUUUGGGAUUUUAUUAGACUUUUUUUAUAUUA